CGCAGCUGCUAGUUCUCUGACACCACCAUUACUGAGUCACGAGCCCGAACCGUCAGACUGAGGGGAACGAAGCAGUAACGAACAUUAAAGGCAGUCACAGUUCGAGAGUGAGAGAGGGACAGAGAGAGACCAUUACAGUUCAAAGAAGUGUUGCUAUUGCUCCCGGUUACGGCAGAGCAGGGUCUAAAAACAGGGGACUCCUGAGUGCCACACGAGCUUGUUGGCUCUUUUGCUCCCCGCCACCCUGCAGCUGACGCAACACAACAGCCUGCGAAGUGGAGGUCCGGGCGCUGGCUCGAAAGCUCGUCGCGCUCUGGUCCCUAAAGCCGGGUCCCUGCUUCAGGUAGAAGCUCAGCCAAUCCAGAGGGCUCUGAAGCAAAGAAGGAGGGACGAGGAAUUAAAGUUGAAGACAGGAAUGCCAACCAAUCCAGCGCCUAGCUGCCUGAGCGACGGACACCAGCACCCACUUGGAAACGCCGCUCAAAGAGGAAGGAUGGUUAGUGGACAGUGAACCAAUCCGUGACAAGAGAAGGCAAACUUGCGCCCAUUACAUCUAAGAAGGGAACCACUGGUGGGGAUCUUUGUGGGGGAUUUCCCUCUGUGGGGUGCUAUGGAGUUCCCAGAACACAGCCAGCAGCUGCUGCAGAGCCUUCGCGAACAGCGGUCCCAGGGUUUUCUUUGUGACUGCACCGUGAUGGUGGGUAGCACCCAAUUCUUGGCCCAUCGGGCUGUGCUGGCCUCCUGCAGCCCGUUCUUCCAGCUUUUCUACAAAGAGCGGGAGCUGGACAAGAGAGAUCUGGUGUGCAUCCACAACGAGAUUGUCACGGCCCCGGCCUUUGGGCUGCUUCUGGACUUUAUGUAUGCUGGCCAGCUGGUCCUGAGAGGGGAUACCCCUGUGGAAGACGUGCUGGCAGCAGCCAGCUACUUGCACAUGAAUGAUAUCGUCAAGGUGUGUAAGCGGCGGCUGCAGGCGCGGGCCCUGGCAGAGGCAGACAGUACCAAGAAGGAGGAGGAAACCAGCUCACAGGCCCCUAGUGUGGAGUUUUUGUCCAACACUUCCCGGGGCCCUCAGCCUUCCGUGGCAUCUGCUGAGACAUCAGGCCACUGGGCCAAAGGGGAAUGGAAAGGACCUGCGGCUCCCUCACCUACUGUAUGUCCUCCAGAUGAGCCACCAGUGCCUGGUGGGGCUGACACUACACAGCCUGGAGUGGAGGUUGACUCGCUGCAUCUGCGGGCACCUCCUCCACCAGUGGCUGACGUCUCCCUUGCCAGCCCCAGUAGCUCCACAGAGAACAUUCCUGCAAACUACUUCUCUGGCCUCCCAGCAGUUUCAGUGGAGCCACUGGCUCCCCUUGUGGGUUCUGAGAGUUCGAGGGUGACGGAGCCAAGGGGUACUGGAGCACCAUCGCAAGGCUUUUAUCCCCCAGCUUCGGCUGCAGCCCCAGCCCCAGCCCCAGCCCCAGCCCCAUCCCAGGCUCCAGCCCCAGCGGAAGCUGAACUGGUCCAAGUGAAAGUAGAAGCUAUUGUGAUUUCUGAUGAGGAGCCGGAUCUGUCAGAGGAACAGCCUCAGGGGCCUGAGGGACUGUUCCCGCCUGGAGGGGCAAUGUAUGGCGGACAGCCCCCCCAGCAAGAGGCUUUUGAGGAGCCAAGGGCAGCAGGAUUAGAGGAGGUGGGGCCAAGUGACCACUUUCUGCCCCCAGACUCUCACCUACCCUACCAUUUGGUGCCAGGUGCAGCACAGUAUCAGCGAGGAUUGGUGACCCCACCCCUGCCUGCACCCUCAACCCUACAUGAGCCACUUUACCUGCCUUCUGAGUAUGAAGCAGCACCAGGAAGCUUCGGUGUUUUUACUGAGGAUGUUCCCACUUGCAAGACAUGUGGGAAGACCUUCUCAUGCUCUUACACACUACGGCGCCACGCCACAGUGCACACACGUGAGCGACCCUAUGAGUGCCGGUACUGCCUGCGCAGCUACACGCAGUCAGGGGACCUGUACCGCCACAUCCGCAAGGCUCACAAUGAGGACCUGGCCAAACGCAGCAAACCGGAUCCAGAGGCCGGCCCCCUCCUAGGAGUGCAGCCCCUCCCUGGCUCCCCUACAGCAGACAGACAGAACUCUGGUGGAGGGCCACCCAAAGAUUUUGUACUUGGCCCCAAAAACUAAUGUGAGCUGAUGCUAGGCCUGCUGUUGCUAUCGAUGGAGCAGCAGCACAAAAGGUUGGAAGUAUCUCAUUUCCCCUGCUUGAUGACAGGAUGGAUCUGCCCAGGCUGAAGGUUCCUGCUGUCCUUUCCUUUACCCAGACAACUAGCAGGACCUUGAUGGGCAGAGCAUCUCAGCCAGCUCCUCUCCAAGGGCACUGGGAGUUUUCCCGGGUUAUAAUUGUUCUCCCUCCGAGUUCUGGACCAUAAAGCUAGCAGUGAAAGUAUCUCAUUGCACUGGUGUUGGCUGGUUUCUUCCCCAAACCUGCAUGACUCCUGACUCUUUCAUACCUCUCCUCUAGACCUUACGAGAAUUUGCCCUCUGUACUUGAGUAGGGGUGGGGAUCAGGUCGCUUAUGAGGAAAGAAGUGAGAGGCAGAAGGCAAUGUAGACUUUGCUUAGGAAUAUAUGCAAAUUAGAGGAUCUUACACAAUUAUGGGUUAUUGUUGUAGUGAGCUCCUGUGUACUGGGCUGUAUUAGGGACUUCAUAUAAAUACCCAUUUAAUCCUCAA